GUCACUGUGGCCCUUGCCCAGAGAAAUGGCUCCUACAUAGAAAGAGCUGUUACUUCUUUUCUGAAGAAAAAGGGACAUGGAGUCAAAGUGAAGCUGCCUGUCAAACUCAGAAUUCCAGUCUCCUGAAGAUAGAAAACCAGAAAAUGGUGGACUUCUUAUUCCGGUUCAGCCUCUAUGGAUGGAUUGGACUCUCACGACACAAAGCAUCAGGGCGUUGGAAGUGGACAGAUGAUUCAGAUUUACUUCUAAACCUGUCCAAAGUAGUCUUGAAGGGAGAGGGUAAAGACUGUGCCAAAUAUACUUCAACCUAUCCAGUUUUUGCUGAAAAUUGUACGUCUACCCUGAAGUACAUCUGCAGGCACAGGAUUCCGUAGCCUUCUACUUCAGAGCACAUGAACUGGUUUGAAAAGAUUUUCCUUGGAUGGUCCUAAAUCCUGUCAUUCCACGAGUUUGCAGAUGACCUCUGUUAGAAUCAAAGGGAGUCACAGUGAAAGCGUGCUGGAAAUGCAGUAUUCAAGGGAAGUACCAAAUUCAUUCAAGAGGGCAUUAAAGCCAACCCAAAUCAAAAGUUGAUUCUGUAAGGGGUCGGGGACUUGCUAUGAGAUA